AUGUCUUCUGGUACACUCAUAUUCUUUGUGGCUGUACUGGCCACAGUUUUCUUCUACAGCCGUCGAUACAGUAAAUUACCAUUACCCCCCGGGCCAUGUCCAAAGCUCUUUACCGGAAAUGCUCAUCAACUACCAAAGAAAGAGCCUUGGCUAACGUAUGCCAAGUGGGCUGAAAGCUAUGGGCCCAUAUUCUCUUUCCACGUGCCUAAUCGGCAGUUUAUAGUGCUCAGCUCCCUACAAUCGGCUACUGAAUUGCUCGACUCACGCGCCACUAUAUAUUCUGAUCGUCCAAGGGUAUGGAUGCAGACAGAACUUGCCAAGCGCAACUUGAAUCCGUUCAACAUAUCCUGCACUCACCCGUAUUUCAAGACGUAUCGCACAACCCUCAAAGCCAGUUUGAGUUCCCGCGCCAUACAAAGCUACCAGUCACUGCAAACCGAACAAUCUCAUAUACUGCUUGGUAUUCUGCACAAGAACCCCGAACAUUUCAUCGAGCAAAUCAGAACGAACACGGCGGCCGUUGUCCUUAAUGUCGCAUAUGGUUGGAAGGUCACCGAGAAUAGCGACUAUCUUAUCAAUAUCCUGAAAGAAAGCAUGGAAAUGAGCGCCAUACUAGCCCAGCCUGGACGUUGGUUGGUCGAUACCGUACCAUUAUUGCGUUUUCUACCUGCAUGGUUUCCAGGGGCAGGUUUCAAGCGUGUAGCCUUCGACCUCGGGCAAAAGUUAAGUAGGCUCGACAUGAUACCAUUUAACUGGGCAAAAAAACAAAUCCACAGUGGUAACUACACGCAUUCCUUCGUUUCAGAACAGCUCCUUCCAGAGGACGGGUCCACGGUCAGCGCCCAACAAGAAGAGAUCACCAAGUGGUGCAGUCUGGGGAUCUAUGCAGGGGGGGUAGACACUACAACAUCAUCCUUGUCGUCUUUUAUCCUGGCGAUGCUGCUUUAUCCAGAGGUGCAGAAGCAUGCGCAGGCAGAGAUUGAUGCCGUCGUGGGUCAGGACCGAUUUCCCGUAUUUGACGACAGAAGCAAGCUUCCGUACAUCGGAGCGCUCAUCCAGGAACUCCUCCGCUGGGCACCUGUGGCUCCGCAAGGGAUUCCGCACUACGCGAUGAGGGAAGAUGUCUACGAAGGGUACCGUAUACCCAAGGGUGCAACCGUCAUCGCAGAUAUUCUUUCCAUGUCACGGGAUAAGGGGAUGUACCCUGAUCCAUUGGAAUUCAGGCCUGAGCGAUUCCUCGGUCCCUCGCCCCAAUUGGACCCACGGAAGUUUAUCUUUGGGUUCGGGCGCCGCAGAUGCCCUGGGUUACAUUUCGGCGAAGCCUCAUUGUACCUCAGUAUUUCUUGUAUCCUUACUGCGUUCACGAUCAGUAAAGCACUAGAUGCGAGAGGGGAAGAGAUCACGCCUCCUGCAGAGUUCGAGAGUUCUGGUUUACUCUGGUUCCCCAAACCAUUCAAGUGCAAGUUCAUCCCAAGGAAUAAAGACUUACUAGCAACUUUUUCGCAAUGA